ACUCGCGCGGUGCACAUGUUGGCGCUGUUUACGCAACUCCCGCGCCGCCUCCAAGCCUGGCCCAGGACCUGCCUCUUGUGCCCCCGCCCCGCCGCGACCCCCGCCCCGCCCAGGGCAUUCAGGGUCACCAGGGCCGCCGCGAUGUCCGACGAGGAGCCCAAGCCCAAGAAACAGAAGGUUGAGGAUGACAGGCUGGACAUUCACCCCAGGCUGGAGAGGAGCAGGCGCGAGGAGGCAGAAGGCAUCCUUGACUUCAAGUUCAACAAGAAGCGCGUGGAGAUGAUGAGCAAGGCUGACGAGGUCCCGGACUGUGACGGCAUCGUGUACUGGAUGAGCCGGGACCAGAGAGUGCAGGACAACUGGGCGAUGCUCUUUGCCCAGCGUCUGGCCCUCAAGUACAAGGUGCCUCUGCAUGUGGUGUUCUGCCUCGUGCCAAAGUUCCUCGACGCAACCAUCCGCCACUACCACUUCAUGAUGAAAGGAUUGGAGGAGGUAGAGAGUGAGUGCCGUGAGCUGGGCAUCUCCUUCCACCUUCUGCUGGGUCAGCCUGUUUCUGUGCUGCCACAGUUCAUCAAGAGCCACAACAUGGGCGGCCUCGUCACAGACUUCUCCCCACUGCGUGUGUCCCGGCAGUGGGUCAAGGAAGUGAAGAAAGCCAUCCCCCAAACCAUACCAAUGUGCCGGGUUGAUGCCCACAACAUCGUCCCCUGCAAGAAGGCCUCGGAAAAGCAGGAGUACUCGGCCAAAACUAUCCGCAAGAAGAUCCACGAUAAGCUCCCGGAAUUCUUGACUAAGUUUCCGCCUGUCAUGAAACAUCCACAUCCCAGCAAGGAGGAGGUGGAGCCUGUGGACUGGGAGGCAGCUAUGAAGAGCCUGGAGGUGGAUCAGACUGUCAAGCCCGUGGAGUGGGCCGUGCCAGGGACCCGUGCUGGCCUGGACACCCUCAACGAGUUUUGCCUUAAGCGCCUCAGGAAGUACGCCACGCAGAGGAACGACCCCAACGUCAACGCCCUCAGUAAUCUCUCGCCUUGGCUGCACUUUGGCCAGAUCUCAGCCCAGAGAUGUGUGCUGGAGGUGAAGCGGUACAAGAAGCAGCUGAAGGAAGGGGUGGACGGGUUCAUUGAGGAGACGGUGGUACGGCGGGAGCUGUCGGACAACUACUGUUACUACCAGGAGAACUACGACCGUGUGGAAGGGGCCUACCAGUGGGCCAUCACCACCCUCAACAACCACAAGAAGGACCCUCGGCCGUACCUGUACUCGCUGGAGACCCUGACGGAGGCCCAGACACACGAUGACCUCUGGAACGCAGCGCAGAUCCAGCUGGUUAAGGAAGGCAAGAUGCACGGCUUCAUGCGCAUGUACUGGGCCAAGAAGAUCCUCGAGUGGACGGCCUCUCCGGAGACGGCCCUGGAAACAGCGAUCUACCUCAAUGACCGCUACAGUCUGGACGGCCGGGACCCCAAUGGAUAUGUUGGCUGCAUGUGGUCCAUCUGCGGGAUCCACGACCAGGGCUGGGGCGAGCGCAACGUGUUCGGCAAGAUCCGUUACAUGAACUACGACGGCUGCAAGAGGAAGUUUAAAAUCGAUGGGUACAUUGCACGUUAUGGUGGGAAGAAACACAAAUAUGUUCCCCCGCCAAGUAAAUAAACUGUAAGUGGGAGAGAGAGAUGCUUGUGUGUAUGUGUGUGUGUGUGUGUGUGUGUGUUUGUGGGAGCAAAAAAACAUGUCUCAUUUAAUACUGUAUUGUAAAAUUCAAUCAAGAAAUGUGGAUUGAUUAAGAUACAUAAAGUUAAUUCCAGGGACCAGCGAUCUCCACAGUAACACAGCAAGUAAUGUUGUGUGGUAAAGAUGCUUCACUGAAUCCUAGAGGCUCAAGAGUCUCUCUGCAGCCAACAACAGCCACUCAACAUGGUAGACAGUUUGGCUUAGAUUUGUAUAAUAUAAGAAAAAAUUGUUAAUCUUAAAAUCAUUGUUGCUGUACUUAUUGGUUUAAUUUUUUCAUUAAGAAAUGUUAGCUUUUGUUUAAGGAUGUAGAUUUCUAUAGAUGAAUACUGCCGUAAGUCAUUGUUUUAAAUCUCAGUGUAUUAGAAUAGACUGAAUUGAGUAACGUCGCAAACCAUAGCAUGAGCAUCAUUAGUGUCACGCCGAGUACCUGAUCAUCAUUCAUCAUCCCCCAACCCCGGUGUGUUGAGUCUCUUCCUGUGUCACAGCGCCUCUCACCUCAGUGUGUUCAAGAUGUGUCCCGUGCAACCGUUCCAGUGACGUCAGUGUGUUCAGGUUCAGGAGUCCCUUCCCUUGUAUCUUGUAUUAAGCAAGUAAUCUUGUCUCCAUUACUGUCUUCAUUAAUGAAUAAUUAUUUCAUAUAAACAGUUUUUAAACUGUAACUUUGAUAUUAUUAUUUAGUAGUAAAUGAUUUAUAUCUUUAAGGUUGUUAAGUUUAUUUGUAUUUGAUUCUUUGCAUAGCAGUGCUAAGCUCCUAGGAACACUGUGGUAUUAAAGGCUCUCAGCCUGAACCUCUCGCCAGUGUUGAAAAUCAAAGUGUAACUGCAGGGACCCCUUCAUGAUGGUGGUGAUGUGUUGUCCAAGGCAGGGCUUCCCAACCCUUGGCAAACAGCAGCACCUACUGAUUGCUGCAACACUACAGAAGCACUGUUGAAUAACUGAAGUAACUAAGAAAAGAAAAACAAGGUUUAGUUGUCCUUUCAAAUAUGUAUGAAAGUAAUUAAUUAAAUUUGUAUGGUAUUCAAAAUAUAAUCAGGUUGUUGGGACCAUUUUCUGCCUCUCCAAAGAGAGCUGUUAGACAGCCUUGAGGCAUCACUGUGUUGCUGGUGAGUCCAAGGUUGGGAAUGCUUAGCCAAGGGUCUGCUUGCACCAUCAGGGUUGAAGUUGUCAGUUACUGAAGUAGAUGAAAUAUUAAUGAGAAGAAUCAUUAAAAAUGAUGAAGAUAA